UAUAAAUCUCAGCAGGAAGAACUUGAACUGGUUUCAUGGCUCCAGGAUGGAGGGGUUCCUGUCCACGUUUCCACCAGUCAACGUCUAUGGUAACGCGGUCUGCGCUCCCCCAGCUCCUGGCAGCACCUGGGGGAAGCGAGAGGGCCGCUUCAUGACCCCCCAGGGCCUCAACUAUCUGGAGCUCUGCAAGGCCAUCCUGUCCCAAGUCAACCCCGGUUUACCCCCUCCGCUCAAGAAAGCCAACACCAGAGAGUGCGGCGUGCAGGUGAACGCCAAAGUGGAUAAAAUCGUCCAGUGCUCGCUGGGUCCCAAGACGCUGGUCGGCCUGGAAAGCGACCAUCCUCCUGCGUCCUGGAAGUCUCCCAAAAGCCCGGAUCUGUUCAGAGCGGGAGGGAGGGCGCCGUACAACACACCGCCGGUGUGCAACCUCCGCUUCCUGAGGCCCGUCUCCAUCUACUCGCCGGUGUUUGACCGCAGGAUUUUCCCGCGGAAACUCGGCGGCGACGUCGAAGGAGGAAGUGAAGGAGAAGCUGAAGCCGCCGAACAAGCCGAGUCUGACAAGGAUGCAGAGGCGGAUCACAGCGGUGAGGACACAGUGAACACAACCUUUCGCCAGGCUUCAAAAGGCUCCAACUUUCAGUUCCUGGAGCAGAGGUAUGGCUUUUUCCACUGCAAGAAGUGCAACAUUCGGUGGGAGAGUGCUUAUGUAUGGUGCAUCUCUGGUACCAGUAAGGUGUACUACAAGCAGCUCUGCCGGAAGUGUCAAGUGGGGUUUAACCCCUACAGAGUGGAGCCAAUCCUCUGCAAGGGCUGCUCUCAGACUUGCUGCAGCUGUGAGAAGAAGCAGAGGCACAUUAACAUGAGGAGGCCUCACCGUCAGGAUCUGUGCUGUCGCUGCAAGGGCAUGAGGCUGUCCUGCGACGCCACCUACAGCUUCAAAUACAUUGUCUGAGCUCCCCAAGGUGUUCGCUCUGGUAUGGAAGUGACCCAUUCCUCAUGUAGAUCUGACGGCAUUUGUCACCAAGGGUUGAGGCCAAUGUCACACAUGUCAGCAGACAUGUAGUUACCUGUACAUGUCAUGAAUGGAAGCUGCCUCCAGUAACAGACUGAAAGAGAUUCACUUAUUCUCCAGCCAGCGAGUAGCUGAGUCUCUGGUUGUUUGAGAAAACGUAUCAAAACUAGCUUUCUUUGAUUUCCCCCCUUUAAUCCUGGUGCUUAACUAAA